UCCCUCAGAAGGACUUAUGUUUACAGCAUGUACAGUGUAUUGUAUUUGUUUGCUCUUUUAAAAAUCACAGCGCACGCACACUUCAAAUCUCGUGCAUUUGUCCAUUUUGUCACCACAAGUAAUUUUAUGAUGCACUGAAACUUUUCAACUCCCACUGCUGCAAAAAGCUGACUUCUCCUGCUUGCAAAUGAACCAAGCUAUUUCUUGACAUUUGUAUGUGACCUUUUGCGUUGUAAUCAAAUGUUCCCUGUGUUGCCUUUUCAAUUCGUGUCAGAUUUGAACUAUUUUGAACUAUGCCUCCAUGUCAUCAGCAGUAACAAAACAAUGUCCUCUGAUGAACUACUGCUGACUGAGGUUAUAUAUUGUGGGGAAAAACAACAUUUGUGUAUUUCAUCUCAGAGUCUGGGUUGUUGGAGGAAGUCACCAGGUUAAUUUCGUGUCUUUAUUAAAUUUGAGCUCAAAUGACCUUGUGUAUUACAGUGUGAGGAGCUAGCCAUGGAGUUAUGCUCUGCCUUAAUGAGUGGGUGGGCAUGCUUUAGUUGGUUGAUUGCCCCCUACCUAGAUAAUUGGUGAUUCAGUUAAUUAUUUGGUCAUUCAUGUUAACACCCUUACAGAAAAAACAUGUGGAAAUUAGUUCAUGUAAAAAUUCACAUGCAAAAACAAGUGUUUUUGUAACACUUCACGUGAUCACAUUUUAACAUGUGUAGUUUAAGGUUAUCACGUUACCACAUUAACUUCACAUAAUCAUAAUAAUAAUAAUCACUUCACAUGUAAUCAUGUAAUGGAAACGUGUUUUUGGAGCACUUCACGUGAUCACAUUAAAAUUCAGUAAAAUUCAUGAGUUUUCUUCGUAAGGGCAUGCUCUCCUAUCACGGUUGGAUACAAAGCCUAACCUUAAACCGUUAGCUGUCGCUCACCACCUUAAAUAAGCAUGCCCCAUUCAGAAAAUGUAGAACAAAGAACAGAUAUAGCCCUUGGUUCACCCCAGACUUGACUGCCCUUGACUAGCACAAAAACAUCCUGUGGCGUUCUACAUUAGCAUCGAAUAGCCCCCGCAAUAGGCAACUUUUCAGGGAAGUCAGGAACCAAUAUGCACAGUCAGUUAGGAAAGCUAAGGCUAGCUUUUUCAAACAGAAAUUUGCAUCCUCUAGCACUAAUUCCAAAAAGUUUUGGGACACUGUAAAGUCCAUGGAGAAUAAGAGCACCUCCUCCCAGCUGCCUACUGCACUGAGGCUAGGAAACACUGUCACCACCGAUAAAUUUACUAUAAUCAAUAAUUUCAAUAAGCAUUUUUCCAUGGCUGGCCAUGCUUUCCAUCUGGCUACCCCUACCCCGGCCAACAGCUCUGCACCCCCUGCAGCAACUUGCCCAAGCCCCCCCUGCUUCUCCUUCACCCAAAUCCAGAUAGCUGAUGUUCUGAAAGAGCUGCAAAAUCUGGAUCCCUACAAAUCAGCCGGGCUAGACAACCUGGACCCUCUCUUUCUGAAAUUAUCCGCCGAAAUUGUUGCAACCCCUAUUAGUAGCCUAUUCAACCUCUCUUUCAUAUCGUUUGAGAUCCCCAAAGAUUUGAAAGCUGCCACGGUCAUCCCCCUUUUCAAAGUUAACAAACAGAUUACCGACCAUUUCAAAUCCCACCGUACCUUCUCCACUAUGGUUUCCGAGCUGGUCAUGGAUGCACCUCAGCCACGCUCAAGGUCCUAAACGAUAUAACCACCAUCCAUAACAGACAGUACUGUGCAGCCGUCUUCAUCGACCUGGCCAAGGCUUUCGACUCUGUCAAUCACAGCAUUCUUAUCGGCAGACUCAACAACCUUGGUUUCUCAAAUGACUGCCUCGCCUGGUUCACCAAUUAGUUCUCAUAUAGAGUUCAGUGUGUCAAAUUGGAGGGCCUGUUGUCCGGACCUCUGGCAGUCUCUAUGGGAGUGCCACAGGGUUCAAUUCUUGGGCCGACUCUUUUCUCUGUAUAUAUCAAUGAUGUUUCUCUUGCUGCUGGUGAUUCUCUGAUCCACUUCUACGUAGACCCCACCAUUCUGUAUAUAUCUGGCCCUUCUUUGGACACUGUGUUAACAAACCUCCAAACGAGCCUCAACGCCAUACAACUCUCCGUCCGUGGCCUCCAACUGCUUUUAAAUGUUAGUCAAAUUAAAUGCAUGCUCUUCAUCACUACUCUGGAAGGUUCUGACCUAGAAUAUGUGGACAACUACAAAUGCCUAGGUGUCUGGUUAGACUGUAAACUCUCCUUCCAGACUCACAUUAAGCAUCUCCAAUACAAAAUUAAAUCUAGAAUCGGCUUCCUGUUUCGCAACAAAGCCUCCUUCACUCAUGCUGACAAACAUACCCUCGUAAAACUGACUCUCCUACCGAUCCUUGACUUCGGCGAUGUCAUUUACAAAAUAGCCUCCAACCACUCUACUCCGCAAACUGGAUGUAGUCUAUCACAGUGCCAUCCAUUUUUGUCACCAAAGCCCCAUAUACUACCCACCACUGAGACCUGUAUGGUGGGUUCGUUGCCAAACCCACUGGCUCCAGGUCAUCUGUAAGUCUUUGCUAGGUAAUGCCCCGCCUUAUCUCAGCUCACUGGUCACCAUAGCAACACCCACCCGUAGCAGCUGGUAUAUUUCACUGGUCAUUUUAAUUUUUUUAUUUUACCUUUAUUUAACUAAGAACAAAUUCUUAUUUUCAAUGACGGCCUAGGAACUGGUCAUUUUAAUUUUUUUAUUUUACCUUUAUUUAACUAAGAACAAAUUAAGAACAAAAGAACAAAAACAAGAAGAACAAAAAUUAAAAUGACCAGUUCCUAGGCCGUCAUUGAAAAUAAGAAUUUGUUCUUAGUUAAAUAAAGGUAAAAUAAAAAAAGUGGGUUAACUGUUCAGGGGCAGAACGACAGAUUUGUACCUUGUCAGCUCGGGGAUUUGAACUUGCAACCUUCCGGUUACUAGUCCAACGCUCUAACCACUAGGCUACCCUGCCGCCCCCAAAGCCAACACUUACUUUGGUCGCCUUUCCUUCCAGUUCUCUGCUGCCAAUGACUGGAAUGAAUUUCAAAAAUCACUGAAGCUGGAGAGUCUUAUAUCUCCCUAUCUUACUUUAAGCAUCAGCUGUCAGAGUAGCUUACUGAUCACUGUACCUGUACAUAGCCAAUCUGUAAAUACAACACCCAACUACCUCAUCCCCAUAUUGUUAUGUAUCUUCUUGCUCUUUUGCACCCCAGUAUCUCUACUUGCACAUCAUCAUCUGCACAUCUAUCACUCCAGUGUUAAUGUUAAAUUGUAAUUAUUGCACCUCUAUGGCCUAUUUAAUUGCCUUACCUCCCUACUCUUCUACAUUUGCACACACUGUACAUAGAUUUUUCUAUUGUGUUAUUGACUUGUACGUUUGUUUAUGUGUAACUCUGUGUUGUGUUUUUGUCGCACUGCUUUGCUUUAUCUUGGCCAGGUUGCAGUUGUAAUUGAGAACUUGUUCUCAACUGACCUACCUGGUUAAAUAAAGGUGAAAUAUAUAUAUAUAUAUUUUUAAACAUUAGCUGUUAUUUAUGUGUUGUAGAAUGUGGAAUAAUGGUCACUGUGGAGUAACUGUAUGAAUUCAUUAGGUCUCACUAGGGCUGUGCACAGUGUGUUGUGAGUCUGUUCGACAUUAUAAUCAUAAUUGAAAAAGCCUGCUAAACCCCCUAGAGUUGAUGUCCAUGCCCCCAUAUAAUUUAAUUAGCAUAAUAAAAAAAUCUCCAUAAAAAUCUGUCCGUUAAGCUAGAGUUAUAUAUUGGAUGUGUCUCAAUACACCGCAUCUGCCGAUGUCGCACUUCCACAUCUGCCGAUGUCGCACUUCCACAUCUGCCGAUGUCGCACUUCCACAUCUGCCGAUGUCGCACUUCCACAUCUGCCGAUGUCGCACUUCCUCAUCUGCCGAUGUCGCACUUCCUCAUCUGCCGAUGUCGCACUUCCUCAUCUGCCGAUGUCGCACUUCCUCAUCUGCCGAUGUCGCACUUCCUCAUCUGCCGAUGUCGCACUUCCUCAUCUGCCGAUGUCGCACUUCCUCAUCUGCCGAUGUCGCACUUCCUCAUCUGCCGAUGUCGCACUUCCUCAUCUGCCGAUGUCGCACUUCCUCAUCUGCCGAUGUCGCACUUCCGCAUCUGCCGAUGUCGCACUUCCGCAUCUGCCGAUGUCGCACUUCCGUAUCUGCCGAUGUCGCACUUCCGCAUCUGCGGUGAAAGGUGUCAGAGCUAGAGCGGUAUUUGUCAGACCAUUAGACAUCCCAAAAAUCGGUCCUCUCACAGAAUUGUCUGUAGGGUUCGAACAGUUUGGCCCACAACUAUUAUGACCCCUCUAUUGAAAGAGAACACGAUGGUGUUCUCUGUUUUGCUCUAUGUGCCCCACAAGCGUCUUGGAACUCUGAAAUCGGUACAGCCGAUCUGCCAACUUCUGUCUGAGGAGUCCGAACAGUUUGGACUACACACUAAUAUUACCCAUCUGUGGAAAGGUGUCGCCCAUCUUCCCCAUUAUCCCCUGGGUAUUUAGACCUGCCAGUUCGUCUUGUUUGUUCAAGCCAACCAGCGUUUUCUGUCUCAGCUCCUGCUUUCUCCAGUUUCUCUUUUCUUGCCCUCCUGGUUUUGACCCUUGCCUGUCCUGACUCUGAGCCCACCCGCCUGCCUGACCACUCUGCCUGCCCCUGACCCUGAGCCUGCCUACCGACCUGUACCUUUGCCACCAUCUGGACUACCGACCUCUACCUUACCCUGAGCCUGCCUGCCGCCUGGUACAGUUGCCACCUCUGGUUUCUGACCCCUGCCUUACCCUGAGCCUGCCUGCCGCCUGGUACUGUUGCCACCUCUGGUUUCUGACCCCUGCCUUACCCUGAGCCUGCCUGCCGCCUGGUACUGUUGCCACCUCUGGUUUCUGACCCCUGCCUUACCCUGAGCCUGCCUGCCGCCUGGUACUGUUGCCACCUCUGGUUUCUGACCCCUGCCUGCAUUGUCAUGUCUUUUGCCUGCCCCUGUUUGGGAUAUUAAACUAUUGUUUAUUUGACGUGGUCUGCAUCUGGGUCUUACCUUCAUACCUGAUACUUUGUGUCUCUCAUCCAUUAUUUUAGACCGUUUAGAGCUGAGUAGUGUUGUGUGUUCCAGAGUAGAAUGGUUUCAGAUUUAAAUUAUCAUCCUAAAUCCACUUCCUGUGUGUCUGAUAAUAUGACAUUGGGUUUGAUUGUCUGCUGCAUGAAACAUGUUUUUCUGCUGUGACCAAAUUUUCCCAGAAAGAUGAGCAGAACAAAUCCCGGCUUAACCCACUUUGUCAGGGUUUUUGUAGACUACUCUCCCCCUCCCAUGGUAACCUGAAAUUGAGAGAAUAUGAGGGGACUAGAGUGGGGAGCUAAAAGGUCUGGUCUCCUCCUGCAGGCUCCUUUAGAAGAUGGCGGAUAGCUCUUGGGAGAGGGGUGGGGAAGGAGGGUACACGGGAGGAGAGGUCACAUGGGCUGGGAGUAAUUCUGAGUAUUGCUGCAAUGCUAGCUUUGUUAGAUUUUGCCUGUUUUUAGGACAUGGAAUCAAUAUGUGUGCAUUUGCAAAUUGGAUGUUAUACUUCACCAUUUGGAUGAGUCACAUGACUGUGGCAAAAUUUCCCCAUCACCACUCAUAUAAUCAAUCUGAAUGAAUUGUUUACAAUUUUAGCUAGUUAGAAGAAGUUCAUUUCUGCACCUUCAUUUCUACUCAGAUGUUUUCACGUCUUCUCAGCUAUUGUUGACCUUUAGUUGCAGUGCAGGAACCACUUGCUGAAUUAUUGUAGCCUUUAGUUGUGAUAGAUUAACAACCUUACCAUAAGGGGGUAAACACCUAUACACAGAACAUAUUUUUUAUACCUUUAUUUAACUAGGCAAGUCAGUUAAGAACAAAUUAUUAUUUACAAUGGCCUAGGAACAGUGGGUUAACUGCCUUGUUCUGGGGAAGAUUUUUACCUUGUCAGCUCGGGGAUUUGAUUUAGCAACCUUUCAGUUACUGGCCCAACGCUCUAACCACUAGGCUACCUGCCACCAAAAAUAUACCAACCACACAAUGGAAAAGAGUACUUCCUGUUAUUUGUUUACUGUGACAGUUUCAAGGCAAGAAAAGAUUGUCAAAGAGUUUAUGAUGCUCAGUCAAGUUCAGGCUCUCAGUCAUCAUCAUCAUCCCACUAUGGAACCAGAAGUGUAGAGAACAGAGAGAUAACUAACUCUCUAUGCACACUGGACUCUACCCACACACUCACAUAUACUUACACUGAUACACACACACACUCACAUAUAAUUACACUGAUACACACACACACUCACAUAUACUUACACUGAUACACACACACACACUGGACUCUACCCACACACUCACAUAUACUUACACUGAUACACACACACACUCACAUAUACUUACACUGAUACACACACACACUCACAUAUACUUACACUGAUACACACACACACUGGACUCUACCCACACACUCACAUAUACUUACACUGAUACACACAAACACUCACAUAUAUACUUACACUGAUACACACACACACUGCAUACGCCCACACACACACAUAACAUGUGCACACAUGCUUACUGACACCACACACACACACACACACAAACACUCACAUAUAUACUUACACUGAUACACACACACACUGCAUACGCCCACACACACACAUAACAUGUGCACACAUGCUUACUGACGCCACACACACACUGCAUACGCCCACACACACACAUAACAUGUGCACACAUGCUUACUGACGCCACACACACACACACACAAACACUCACAUAAAUACUUACACUGAUACACACACACAGUGCAUACGCCCACACACACACAUAACAUGUGCACACAUGCUUACUGACGCCACACACACACACACACACUGCUUACGCCCACACACACACAACAUGUGCACACAUGCUUACUGACGCCACACACACACACACACACACACACACACACACACACACACACACACACACACACACACACACACACACACACACACUCACCACACACGCUGCUGCUGCUGCUCCACAUAUGCUGCUGCUACAGCUCAGUCUUAUCGAUCCUGUUGUGACUUUACCCCUACCUAUAUGCACAUAGCUACCUCAAUUACCUCCGUACCCCUGCACAUCAACUCGAUACUGGUACUCCCUCUAUAUAGACAUGUCAUUUUUACUUGUUAUUGUUAUUUGUUCACUAUGUAUUUAUUACCUCUGUUACAAUUUCUAUUUAUUUUUGAUUUUUUUUGUCUUUAACUCUGGAUUUUUGGAAAAUAAUUUGCAAGUAACUAUUUAACUGGUAGUCUACACCUGUUGUUCACAAAGCAUGUGGCAAAUAAAAUUACAUUUUGAUUUGACAUAAGACUUCAGGUACAGUGGGCGUUUUUCUUUACAACCACUGAUAAUUCAUUGCAUUUUGUUAAAGUCACAGAUGUUUUGUCUUAUUUUACUGGCAGCACAAUUCAGUCCCAUAAAUGUGAUGUUAAUGUGGCUAAAAUAUUAUUAUGUGGCUAAGAGAUUAUUGACUCUUUCACUUAAUCAUGAAUUGAUGGUCUUUGUUAAAAAUUGCAUUCAUGUAUGUUUUGCUUUUGCAGCCAUUGCCUAAGGUAUGUCUUAUGAUAGGAAAAAUCUCGAUCUUUCUGUCAUUCCCACGUGGGGACAUUAUAAUGUUGGUGUCUAUGCGCUGCAUACAGAUACUGAUUGUGUGUGCGCAUGCGUGUGUGUGUGUGUGUGUGUGCGUGCGUGCGCGCGCUAGGAGGGAGGCUCAGGCAGAUAUGUGUUAGCUAAUGCUGUCUGAGAGCAGCUGGGCAGGGCUAAUAAACGAACAAUAACACAAUGACAUCACCCAGAGAGAGAGAGAGUGGGGGUGCGUGCAAGCGAGCCAGAGCAAGGGAGAAGCUCAGAUGCAGAGAGGCAGGAGAGAGAGAGAGAGAGAGAGAGAGAGUGUGUGUGAGUGGGAGAGCACUGGACAGUACUCACUCAACAUUGACAGGGGAUACAGCUCUUUCCAGAAGAUUUUGCAGAUUUUUUCCCCCCUCUCUUCCAUUGCACCUCUCCCCCUCCCCCUUUCCCCUUCCCCUCAUCCUCUGUCAACCCCACUCAGCCUUUGCUUCAGGCUGCUCCUCCGGGCAUGCUACUUAAGCCAAAGUAUGGCCGCUUUCGCAACGCCUCUGUGACCUCCUCCGACGACCUGAUGCAGAGCUUAGCCAUGAGCGGCAAAGUGGUGGCCACCCCUGUGGUCCUCUCCUCCGCCCCCAGCCUGCCGCUGCCCCCCCUGCCUCCUCUGGAGUCCAUCCCCGGGUCCUCCUCCGCAGCCCCGGUCCUAGCCGACUCCCCCUGCCUGGACGGGGAGCAGGACGCCACCACCACUUUCUGCAUGCUCAUCCCCAGGAUGCCUCAGUGGAAGUUCUCCAACACUCUGCUGAGCAGGAGCCCCUCCAACUCCAGCUCCAGCUCCAGCUCAAGCAAGGACUCCGGCAAGACUGCAGCCCCCUCAUCGCAGGGCUCGCACGGCCCCAGUGGCCCUUCGGCCCCCAGUGGUCCCGUGGCAAGUCUGGCUGCUGUUUUGAACUCCUGUGACCCUGUGUGUGUCACCCCCUGUUCCCUACAGGCCAUCAGCAGGCAGAGAUCUGCAAUGCGCUCAGCCAGUCCAGGGGGCCAUGGAGCAGGGGCUGCAGAGGGCACAGGGAGCCUUGGGGGCCACAGGACAGGGAUGAACCGCAGGACCAGGGUGGAGGGCAUGUGGCUGGGAGGGGACGACUUCAACCAGAAGGGCAGCUUCAUCCACAAGCCCUCCCAGGGAUGGCUGCACCCAGACAAGAAUAUCACAGGCCCUGGGGCCUCCUACAUUGUCAGGUACAUGGGCUGCAUUGAGGUGUUGAAGUCGAUGCGAUCGCUGGACUUCAACACUCGGACCCAGGUGACGAGGGAGGCCAUCAACAGACUGUGUGAAGCUGUGCCUGGGAGUAAGGGGGCCUGGAGGAAGAAGAACAUUAACAAGGCCCUGCAGACCAUCAUGGGGAAGAGUAACCUGCGCUUCGCUGGUAUGGGCAUCGCUGUCAACAUCUCUAUAGAGGGCCUCAACCUGCUCAUCCCCACGACACGACAGGUGAUAGCACACCAUCCCAUGGAGUCCAUCUCCUUUGCCUCUGGGGGAGACACGGACACGCCGGAUUAUGUUGCUUAUGUGGCCAAAGAUCCAGUCAAUCAGAGAGCAUGCCAUAUCCUGGAGUGUGGUGACGGUCUAGCCCAGAAUGUCAUCAGUACCAUCGGCCAGGCCUUUGAACUGCAGUUUAAACAGUACCUCCACAGCCCUCCCAAAGCCAUCCCCACCAUGGAGAGGAACAUCAGGACAGAGGACUCGGCGUGGGGUGAUGACGAGGACUCCUCGGAGCAUGACUACUACAACAGCAUCCCAGGGAAGGAGCCUCCUGUUGGAGGAGUGGUGGACUCGAGGCUGAGGCCUUGUACGGCCUUGCUGGGCCACGUCCACAGCCAACCACAGAGCAAGGCAGCGCAGAUCGGUUCUCCGGCCAGGAGAGACACGGUGUCCUACCCCUCAGGUCAGCUGUGCUACGAGCUUCACUGGGACACUGAGAACAACGGCAGCUCAGGUCUGACAUCAGAUGGGUACCUGCGGGCAGACGGCCAUCCCCCGGGAAGUAGGGACUAUGAAGAGCACCUGUAUGUGAACACCCAGAGUCUGGAGGGCCUGGAGCAGGGAGCAGAGGGCCAUAGGGGGGCCAGGGGGCCAGACAGCCCCAAGAAAGACAUAUUUGACAUGAAACCCUUUGAGGAUGCUCUGAAGAUGCACGAGGCCGGUGGUAACGGUGGGGUGUGUGUGUUGGAGGACCAGUGGCCCAGUCCGCCCCGGCGUCGUGCCCCUGUCGCCCCCACAGAGGAGCAGCUUCGGCGGGAGGCCUGGUACCAUGGCCGUAUGAGCCGCCGGGACGCUGAGAAACUGCUGGUCCGAGACGGGGACUUCCUUGUACGAGACAGUGCCACCAACCCAGGCCAGUACGUCCUGACAGGCAUGCACUGCGGUCUGCCCAAACACCUGCUACUGGUCGACCCAGAGGGAAUGCCCACUCCUCCUCGUCACUGCCAGGUACGAACCAAAGACAUGCUGUUUGAGAGUAUCAGUCACCUGAUCAGCUACCACCUGAAGAACGAGCUGCCCAUCGUGGCAGCCGAGAGCGAGCUGCACCUCAAACAGGUGGUCCGGAGGAAAGAGGGGACAGCCUUCUGGAAUGGAGUCAGAGGUGUGUCCAUAUAACCCCAGGAAGGAAGAUCUUCACUUUGUCAUAUCCCCAGAAUCAGAGCUUUCGCAGGGGUAGGAGGACACAGGCAACUCACUCUGUCCAGGACCCAAGGGCAUGGCUGCAGCACCUGGCUGCCUCCGACAGUGCCGACAAACUUUCCACCAUCUCCACCUGAACUCUCAGUAUACAGUCAUUAAGCUAACCGAUGCCUCGGUACAGCUCAGCCAAUCACAAGGAUGGAAUGUGAGGUCACAGUCACAUACAGUAGUUGUUCCAUAGGAAAGCAUCAUUUUUGAGUGCAUGAUGAUGUUGCACCUCAUACUGAGUCUCAUACUGCUGAUGUCAUACGCAGUCCCAGAAUGAUUUGGGUUCCCUGUGUCUUUAAACGGACAAAUGUGAACAUUGUAUAUGAUGUGAGAAACUCCUAGCAGCAAAAUAUCACUAAAUUGUUUUAUCAGAAUGCAGUUCUUUGCUCCUCAGACAUUGGGAUGCUUUAAUGGACUUUUAUAAACUGUUCAUCUGCAGCAGUAGCACCUGCACCUUCAUGAUUUAUUCAUAUGUAAUCUCAGGACCUAAUUCUGAAGGCGUUAGAUAUCUGAUUGCAUGAAUUGAAAUAUGCUUCAGAGAUACAGUACAAGCCAGACACCAACCUUGAAAAUGUGUCUGUCUCUGUCCCAUCAAUAUCCACAGGAAGUCUGCAUAACACAACAUUGGGAAUAUACAGUUGGCCAAAAUACAUGGGUAGAACUCUGAAUAUCAUUGUGUUAAAAAAUAACCAUAUGCUUGUCAAAGUGUUUGUAUGGGACAGUCAUAGCUCGUCAGUGAAUACCUACCCAAGUUGUGUGUUACCAUGCCUACUGUGUGAAGAUAUCACACUGGUCAGAGCCUGUGCUCUCAGAAGGCAGACUACAUGACUACAAAUGACUCAGUGUAAAGAUAAUUAAGACCCAUAAAAAUAGUUCAGUGCCUUAAUACUUGGUGUUUCAUAUCUUUCCUCCCAAAUGACUUGUGCAGUAUCAUACAUUCUAUAUAUACAGUGGGGCAAAAAAUAUUUAGUCAGACACCAAUUGUACAAGUUAUCCCACUUAAAAAGAUGAGAGGCCUGUAAUUUUCAUCAUAGGUACACUUCAACUAUGACAGACAAAAUGAGAAAAACAAAUCCAGAAAAUCACAUUGUAGGAUUUUUAAUGAAUUUAUUUGCAAAUUAUGGUGGAAAAUAAGUAUUUGGUCACCUACAAACAAGCAAGAUUUCUGGCUCUCACAGACCUGUAACUUCUUCUUUAAGAGACUCCUCUCUCCUCCACUCGUUACCUGUAUUAAUGGCACCUGUUUGAACUUGUUAUCAGUAUAAAAGACACCUGUCCACAACCUCAAACAGUCACACUCCAAACUCCACUAUGGCCAAGACCAAAGAGCUGUCAAAGGACACCAGAAACAAAAUUGUAGACCUGCACCAGGCUGGGAAGACACAAUCUGCAAGCAGCUCGAAUUGAAUAAAUCAACUGGGAGCAAUUAUUAGGAAAUGGAAGACAUACAAGACCACUGAUAAUCUCCCUCGAUCUGGGGCUCCACGCAAGAUCUCACCCCGUGGGGUCAAAAUGAUCACAAGAACGGUGAGCAAAAAUCCCAGAACCACACGUGGGGACCUAAUGAAUGACCUGCAGAGAGCUGGGACCAAAGUAACAAAGCCUACCAUCAGUAACACACUACGCCACCAGGGACUCAAAUCCUGCAGUGCCAGACGUGUCCCCCUGCUUAAGCCAGUACAUGUCCAGGCCCGUCUGAAGUUUGCUAGAGAGCAUUUGGAUGAUCCAGAAGAAGAUUGGGAGAAUGUCAUAUGGUCAGAUGAAACCAAAAUAGAACUUUUUGGUAAAAACUCAACUCGUCGUGUUUGGAGGACAAAGAAUGCUGAGUUGCAUCCAAAGAACACCAUACCUACUGUGAAGCAUGGGGGUGGAAACAUCAUGCUUUUGGGCUGUUUCUCUGCAAAGGGACCAGGACGACUGAUCCGUGUAAAGGAAAGAAUGAAUGGGGCCAUGUAUCGUGAGAUUUUGAGUGAAAACCUCCUUCCAUCAGCAAGGGCAUUGGAGGUGAAACAUGGCUGGGUCUUUCAGCAUGACAAUGAUCACAAACACACCGCCCGGGCAACAAAGGAGUGGCUUCGUAAGAAGCAUUUCAAGGUCCUGGAGUGGCCUAGCCAGUCUCCAGAUCUCAACCCCAUAGAAAAUCUUUGGAGGGUGUUGAAAGUCCGUGUUGCCCAGCAACAGUCCCAAAACAUUACUGCUCUAGAGGAGAUCUGCAUGGAGGAAUGGGCCAAAAUACCAGCAACAGUGUGUGAAAACCUUGUGAAGACUUACAGAAAACGUUUGACCUCUGUCAUUGCCAACAAAGGGUAUAUAACAAAGUAUUGAGAAACUUUUGUUAUUGACCAAAUACUUAUUUCCCACCAUAAUUUGCAAAUAAAUUCAUUAAAAAACCUACAAUGUGAUUUUCUGGAUUUUUUCCCCUCAUUUUGUCUGUCAUAGUUGAAGUGUACCUAUGAUGAAAAUUACAGGCCUCUCAUCUUUUUAAGUGGGAGAACUUGCACAAUUGGUGGCUGACUAAAUACUUUUUUUGCCCCACUGUACCACAGCAGAAGACAGUAGUGUGUGCUGCAUCUAUGUAUACCCCGAGAGCAAAUGGCAAAUUUUCUUGCCAUGCCAAAUCACACUUUAACCAAUGAAUGGAGUGGACUGAAAGUCAAAUCAUCCUUUUUAUUGUGACACUUUCUAUAAGCUGCUGAUGUAUGGGAGAGGGGGGGGGGUGUAAAUACUGUAGAACAUCCCAUAGUGUGUUCUGAUUGGCUGUCCUCUUUUGUUUGCUUCCUAUUCUAUUGUACCAGUCCUCCAAUCAAUAAUCUUCAUGAGCAUCGGCCCUUAUUGAUUUGAUCACCAUCCUGUGUUGUUAAUGGCAACAUGUUUUAUCAAUAGAUAGGGGAUGUCCUGGUAUUUGCUGUGUCUUUGUCCCAGUCCAGGCACAGGGAGACAGAGGACAUGGCUUUCUGUGACAUUAGUGUACUUUACAGUAUGCAACUUUUCCAAAUGACCCCUUUGCUUUAUCAGGCCUUUCUUGUAUCUACUCUUCUUUGAACUAAUUACAUUUUUUUUCAAUAAAAUUUGUCAAAUUUU